AUUAAAUUAAAUUUUGAUUAAAUCAGUGGUUGAAGUUGCUAAAAUAGUCUUGUUCAUUUUAACCAAUUAUUUAUAUUGAUUAAAAAUGAAUCAAAUUGUUUUGGUUGUACUGCUAUUAGUUUGCUUAAACACUGUGCUUUUAAAUGAUGACAAUUUGUACGAUUUCCCCCAGAAAAUGCUUGUUCAGCAUAAUAAGUACCGAUUGUUGCACAAUUCUCAUCCUAUGACGUUAAGUACUUCAUUAAAUGCAUUUGCACAGGAAUGGGCGGAUUACUUAGCAAUGAAUAAUUUAUUUGAACAUAGAGAAAACUUAUUUUCUUUAAACCGAGGAGAAAAUAUUUACUAUUCUUACGAUUCGGUUUUGCUUCCAAGUGGUAUGGACGCUGCUGAUAGUUGGUAUAACGAGAUUUCAGAUUGGAGUUUCGCGUCUAAUUCUCCAAAAUCACCAAAUGCCGUUACUGCACAUUUUACUCAAAAGAUGGUGUGGAAUUCUUCAUUGCAACUGGGAUGUGGUAAAAGUUACAAUGGAAAUAAAGUUUAUGUCGUUUGCAACUACUUUAUAGCUGGAAAUAUGUUAGAAGAGUACGAUCAGAAUGUAUUUAAACCAAAUUUAUAGUUUAAACUAGAAGAAUACGAGAAGAAUGUUUUUGAACCAAGUUUAUAGUUUAUAAAAAAGUUAUUAAACAUUUGUAAAAAUUUUUUAAGUUUAUAAUUGGUUUAUAAAAAAUAAUACAACU